CACAAGCUAGAAGGGGGCGUUGUUUGCAGUCGAAGCACAGGGCUUCAACAAGAAGGAACUUACUCUACCUGUUUCUUGGUGAUGAACAGCUAAGAUGGCCUCAAAUUGGUUGACCACACAGGAAGAUGACCAUGAAGACGAGAUGUUGGAGGUCAUCGCAUCAGGAAACCACUCUACGAUCCCCACUUCAGGAGGAGUUCCUCAAGCCGUCACUCUGGUCGGGACGCAGAACAUAUUUACUGGACCGACCCCUGCAGGGACUGUUGGUGAAGCUACCCUUGACCUACAAAUAUGUGCCGCAAAAGAAGUCUUUGUUGCAGCUGAUGUCUUUAGAACUGCAAAAAGAAAGCUGGAGGAAUUUGGCCAUGUCACCAUCUGUGGUGCUUCAGGAGAAGGGAAAACCACGACAGCUCUCAUUUUGGGUUCACAGUACAGACGAAACGGGUACAAGCUGGCAUUUGUGGACAGGAUUGAUCAGUUUGACUUGGAUAGCUUCUUGAGUUCAUCACCUAGAGUAUUUCUUAUCAUAGAUGAUAUGUUUGGAUCGGUUGGAUUAUCUACAGAUGUUUCCCAGCUGAAACCAUUUCUGAGUAAGCUUCUACCUCACUUACAGCGAUGCAAGACGGCUUUAGGGAAACAACAUUCACCCAGAAAUCAUCCAGCUAAGAAAGGUGGAGAAAAGAAGAGUAGUGGAGUCUCUGACCCAGCAGAACAACCUUCGAAGGAUAUCCGUGUUGUGUUCACAUCCAAGACCUACAACUUCCACGAUGGGCUUGCCCAGAUGCAGUAUGAGGGGUUCUUGUUGUUCAAGGGACAAACAGUGGUGGAUAUAACAACACAAACGGAACACAGAUAUACUCAAGAAGAGAAGAAAGCUAUAUUUGAGAAACAUAGGAACCUCCACAAAAAGUGUUCUCAUGAAGGUAAUGAAAAUGACAAAGAUUAUGAAGACAUGCUACAAUGCGACCUGUGGGACGUCGAUUCUGUGUUUGGAUUUCCACUUACUUGUAAACUAUUUUUUGAAUUUUCAUCUUUUUCAAAACAUAUGAUGAACUUUUUCAAGGAACCACUGUUUUAUCUUAGAUUAGAACUUAAAAGCUUACUGAAAUCAAAAACUGAUCGAUCAGCCAUAUUGAUUCUUAUGCUACUGUGUGAGAAGUUAGAUUUGGCCAAGCUGGAAUCAACAGGAAAGGACAAGGCACUGGACAAUAUGAUUAAAAAUGUGUUAGAAUUGUUCCCAAUAGCUUCACGUCUAGGAAUGUACGAAGCAGCAAAGGGCUUCAGGGGAACAUUCUUCACACGCGGAGAUACUGUAGGAUUUGCCCACUCUUCGAUCUAUGAUGCCUGUGCUUGUGUGUUGUAUGACAUCAGUCCAACAUUUGUGCUGACUCACUGUAGUGACAACUUCAUAUAUGAGAGAGUGCAACCCCGGCCAGUAUCAGAAACCGAGAUUGAUGAACACCUUCAUGUCAUCUACAUCUCAGAAAAUUACAAUGACAUUCUAACCACACGGCUUGCAAAAUCAAUAAAAGAUGGGCAUUUUUCCAAAUCAGUGACACACCCCAUUCUCCAGCAAGACCAAAUAAUUCUUCAACUUCUUGAAAAGCUCCAGCCUGACGAAUCCAUGGAAGAAAGUUGGUUUCACAAAAGAGACAUGGGGAGAAGUUUCUUAUUUUGGACUGUACUUGGACAUAGUUCAAAAUUUGCAAAAGAUAUAGAAAAGAAAACUGGCGAAGAAUUUACGCAAAGAGAAAUCACAGAAUCCUUUGAAGGUUGUGUAUUUAAAAACAACGUGACAUUGUUAAAGUGGCUUUUGUCUCGAUGUGAACAUCCAGUCGUUGGUGUCACCAUGAAUAGAUUGCUUAUGCUGUCUGCUAGACAUGGAAGUUCUGAAACACUUCUUUAUCUAUUAGAAGAGGGUGCCGAUGGAGUCACUACCACUGAAAAUUACAAAACCAUCAUUAAUUUAGCGUGCAGGACAGGGCAUAAAACAAUACUAGAGGUGUUGAAACAACACAACAGCGACCUCUAUAAGACUGUUGUCAUGAACUCUGUAGAUGAUGAAGGCAUGACUCCACUCAUGGAAGCUGCACGAACAGGAUCCAGUGAAUGUUACCAGUUAUUGCAACCAAUAUCAAACAAGAACAUUAAGGACAAGUACGGGAAUGCACUACAACACUAUGCAUGUUUAGGUGGUAACAAAACUAUAGUACAGGAUGUCAUAUCGCCUUCUAACAUCAAUACCAGAGGACAUGUUGGACGUACACCAGUCAUGACAGCAGCUGGUAAAGGACACCAAAGUGUGUUUGAUCUCCUCGUUUCAAAGAAGGCUGACCUGACUCUGCUGGAUGACCAUGGUAAUAGCUUACUUCAUCAUGCCUGUAUUGGAGGUAACACAGCUAUAGUGCAACAUGUCUUGUCACCCUCUAACAUAAAUAGUAGAGGACGUAAUGGGUAUACAGCAGUCAUGACAGCAGCUGGUAAAGGACACCAACGUGUGUUUGAUCUCCUCGUUUCAAAGAAGGCUGACCUGACUCUGCUGGAUGACCAUGGUAAUAGCUUACUUCAUCAUGCCUGUAAUGGCGGUAACACAGCUAUAGUACAACAUGUCUUGUUACCUUCUAACAUCAAUACCAGAGGACAUGUUGGACGUUCACCAGUCAUGACAGCAGCUGGUAAAGGACACCAAAGGGUGUUUGAUCUCCUCGUAUCAAAGAAUGCUGACCUGACACUACAGGAAGACCAUGGUUAUAGUUUACUUCAUCAUGCCUGUGCUGGUGGUAACACAGCUAUAGUACAACAUGUCUUGUUACCCAAUAACAUCAAUACUAGAGGACAAGAUGGACAUACACCAGUCAUGACAGCAGCUGGUAAAGGACACCAAAGUGUGUUUGAUCUCCUCGUAUCGAAGAAGGCUGACCUGACACUGCGGGAAGACCAUGGUGAUAUUUUACUUCAUCAUGCCUGUGAUGGUGGUAACACAGUUAUAGUGCAACAUGUCUUGUUACCCUCUAACAUCAAUACCAGAGGAGAGGAUGGAUAUACACCCUUAAUGACAGCAGCCGCGCGAGGGCACCAACGUGUGUUUGAUCUCCUUAUUUCAAAGAAGGCUGACCUGACACUGCUGGAUGACCAUGGUAAUAACUUACUUCAUCAUGCCUGUAUUGGAGGUAACACAGCUAUAGUACAACAUGUCUUGACACCCUCUAACAUCAAUAUCAGAGGAGGGGAUGGAUAUACACCCUUAAUGACAGCAGCCGCGCGAGGGCACCAACGUGUGUUUGAUCUCCUUAUUUCAAAGAAGGCUGACCUGACUCUACUGGAUGACCAUGGUAAUAGCUUACUUCAUCAUGCCUGUAUUGGAGGUAACACAGCUAUAGUGCAUGUCUUUUCACCCUCUAACAUCAAUACUAGAGGACAUGUUGGACAUACACCAGUCAUGGUAGCAGCUUGGGAAGGACACCCACGUGUGUUUGAUCUCCUCGUAUCAAAGAAGGCUGACCUGUCACUGCGGGAUGACCAUGGUAAUAGCUUACUUCAUCUUGCCUGUUCUGGUGGUAACACGGCUAUAGUGCAACAUGUCUUGUCACCCUCCAACAUCAAUACUAGAGGACAUGUUGGACGUACACCAGUCAUGACAACAGCUGGUAAAGGACACCAACGUGUGUUUGAUCUCCUCGUGUCAGAGAAGGCUGACCUGACACUGUGGGAUGACCAUGGUAAUAGCUUACUUCAUCUUGCCUGUGCUGGUGGUAACACAGUUAUAGUGCAACAUGUCUUGUCACCUUCCAACAUCAACUUAGGUGGACAAAGUGGUUUGACUCCAAUUGUGGUCGCAGCUAAUCAAGGCCAUCAAAGAGUGUUUGACCUCCUGGUGUCAAGGAAUGCUGACCUGACGCAGUGGAUAUCAAUUGUGAUAGUUCGCUUCGUCCUGCCUAUCGUGAGGUCAAGACGGCAAUAGCAUGGCCGUCCGUACCACCUACGUAUGGUGGUAGCUCAAGGAAUAAAAGCUGAUCACAUUACAUAAUGUUUUCAGAGAAGAAAACCUGUCAAAUAUACGUUUUAGCUGUAGACAGGCGUCAGAGCAACAUGAUGCUCCCAGCAUUCAGUCUCUUAGUACAUCAUAAGCUUGUGUGAAAGUUUACGCGAAAAGGCGGUUCCCGUCACAGUUCCACCCACCCCAACACGCGCACGCACGCACGCACGCACGCACAAAAACACACUCACACUCUUUCUUACAAUGACAUUUCUGGGAACAUGUGUAGCUGUUUAAUCUGGUUCUGACCAUAUAUUCUCAACAUGUUUGGUAGUUGCCUUCACAUUUUAUUAAAACUGCCAUCGGCAUCAUUCUUCUUUUGAAAAUAGUUUAGUGAAAGAUAUAUUAAGUGUUUUCUUAAAAUCACACAUCAAAUUAAAUGUUUAGAACCGAUUUUACUACCUCGGUCUAUAUACAUCCUGCUGGCUAGGAUGAUGUGGUUGAGGAGUGAAGAAUCCAAGACCAAAACAUACAGUUCUGAAGUUGAAACUGAUUGUUUGUGAUGAGAGGUAGUUUAGACGUUUUUCAGUACCAUCAUAUGAUUGACAAUGUUCUAUUCAUAGAAGACAUGAAGAAUACUUUCUCCUUCCAUCUUACAAAACGAGCAUUUAUUUGUACUGACUACAUUCUCAGGGGUUCUUUUAACACAAUAAUGUGAAUGAAUCUAUAUUUGAAAUCCAGAAGUUUAAUAUGUUUGGUACUUGUUAUUAUUUGUGUAUACAUAUGUUUCCAGUUCAGAUCUUCAGACAUAAUCUAUGGCGCAACCUUUGUGAAAGUAUGUUUUCAAGUUGUGUUCAAGUAACUGGGUCCCAAAUAUUCUACAAUGUUUAAUUUUUACAAACAGGUAUUUUGCUGGUGCGAUAGUAUCAGUAUUAUAGUUCACUGAAACUUAACUGUCAUGGUUUUUGAUAUAAUUGUUACCAUUCUAUAAUCUAUACAUUUUAUUAGUAUUGAGAUAUUUGAAGAUCAAGAUAUCUGAAGUAAAAUUUAUACCGGAUUGGUAAAAUAAUCUUACUACUCAGUUAUGUGCGGUUACGUUCAUAAUCAUAUUGAUAUUCGGUCGCAAUGAAUGAUGUUUACACAAGUUUAGAACAUUGUUAUUGAUUGUUAUCAUACCGAUAUACUAUCACAUUUGUCAUUACAUUGCCUAUAUGCCUAUGCUAUUAAUGUAAAACAUCUUUGCAAACCACGUAUAUUCUAAAUAGAUUUGCAAUAUGAUGUCCAACCUUGUAUAUUCUAUAUUUUGUUCAAAGCUUCUGACCGCUGAAAACCAGUAAUUAACCAAUCUGUUAUCUGUACAUGGGAACUUGAACUAUGUGUCAUGUUAAAGGCCUCUGCACGUAGUGUCAGAGUUGCCAGUGUCCGAUGUAGUCAAUGUACACUAGAUAUCAUUGUCCCGGACAGUUCAUCCUAGUUUACAUUGACCCUGGACAUUGACCAUUGUAUGGACGAUAUUUCUUGAGGUAUAUUUAUGUUCUUUGCAGUAAGACCUUACCCAGGCUUACAAAGUAGCUGUGCUGCAUACUUUCAGCGCCUGGUGAAUUUCGAAAACGCCAUCGCAGAUCAAAACAACGCAGUCUUGACGAUAAACUCUGCGAAAUAUCGAAAGCUGCUGAAGUGGACAUUAACGAAUAUGUGAAAGUGACUAAACGCUUAUCGAGACAGAAUGGACAAAUGUCAAAAUUAACUGUUAACGGGAUUUCUUCAACGACGCCAGAGGACAUAUGUUCAGCGUUUGGCAUGUAUUUUGCUGAUUUAGCUACACCUGUAAUGUCUGAUUGUUUUGAUGAAUCUUUUGCCUCUGAUGUAACGGAAAGAGUAAAAUUAAUCGAGUGAGUGAGUGAGUGUGGUUUUACGCCGCUUUUAGCAAUAUUCCAGCAAUAUCACGGCGGGGGACACCAGA